AUGGGGGCCGGCGGGGUCUCCCCCCGAGGGCUGCUGUGGCUCCGCCUGCUGGGCUUCGUCUCUCUGGCGUCGGCCCUGAACCCGGACGACCCCAACGUGUGCAGCCACUGGGAGAGCUAUGCAGUGACUGUGCAGGAGUCCUACGCUCACCCAUUCGACCAGGUCUACUACACCCGCUGCACCGACAUCCUCAACUGGUUCAAGUGCACCCGACACAGGAUCAGCUACAAGACGGCGUACAGAAGGGGCGUGAGGACGAUGUACAGGAGGCGCUCUCAGUGCUGCCCCGGCUUCUAUGAAAGUGGAAACCUUUGUGUUCCCUUGUGCACUGAGGAAUGUGCUCACGGACUCUGUGUCUCUCCGGACACCUGCCAGUGUGAGCCGGGCUGGGGGGGGCGGGACUGCUCCAGUGGCUGUGAGAGCGACUUCUGGGGGCCCCACUGCAGCAACCGCUGUCAGUGCCGCAACGGGGCCGAGUGCAACCCGAUCACCGGAGCCUGCGUCUGCACCGACGGCUUCCAGGGCUGGCGCUGCGAGGAGGCCUGCGACCUCAACCUCUACGGCAAGGACUGCCAGCUGGAGUGCCAGUGCCUCAACGGCGCCACCUGUCAGCAUCAGACCGGCGAGUGUCUGUGUGCGCCGGGAUACACCGGGGCCUUCUGUGAGGAGCCGUGUCCUCCCGGUAAACAUGGCUCCCUGUGUGAGCAGCGAUGUCCGUGUCAGAACGGAGGGGCGUGUCAUCACGUCACCGGAGGCUGCUCCUGUCCGGCCGGCUGGGUGGGCCCCGUCUGCGCUCAGCCGUGCUCCUUCGGCUCCUUCGGCAUCAACUGCUCUCAGGAGUGCACGUGUCGCAACGCCGGCCUGUGCGACCACAUCAGCGGUCAGUGCCAGUGCACCGCCGGCUACAUCGGAGAGAGAUGCCAGGACGAAUGCCCGGUCGGCACUUACGGGCCGCAGUGCGCCCACAAGUGCGACUGUCAGAACCGGGCCAAGUGCUACCACGUCAACGGGGCCUGCCUUUGCAUCGAGGGCUUCAAGGGGCCCAGCUGCCGGGACCGCUUCUGCCCCGCGGGCCUGUACGGGCUCACCUGUGACCGGCACUGCCCCUGCAAAGCUGCCAACACCCUCAGCUGCCACCCUCUGUCGGGGGAGUGCACCUGUGCGGCGGGAUGGGCGGGGCUCUACUGCAACGAGACGUGCCCGGCGGGUUACUACGGCGACGGCUGCAGGGAGCCGUGCACCUGCGCCAACGGGGCCGACUGUGACGGCGUGGCGGGCGGCUGCCUGUGCGCUCCGGGCUUCAUGGGGGACGACUGCUCCGUCAGCUGUCCCGCCGGCCUCUACGGGACCAACUGCACCUCCUCGUGCUCCUGCCACCACGAGACCUCCUGCUCGCACGUCGACGGCUUCUGCUUCUGCAGAGAAGGCUGGCAGGGCGUGUCCUGCUCCACCCCCUGCCCCCCCGGCUCUUGGGGGCUGAGCUGUAACCAGACGUGUCUCUGCAGCAGCGCGGCGUCCUGCGACCCGGCCACCGGCUCCUGCUCCUGCUCUCCGGGCUGGAGGGACGAGCUCUGCGACCGGCCGUGUCCCGACGGGUCGUACGGGCCGGGCUGCGCCGAGAGCUGCGACUGCGUCAACGCCGCCGGCUGCGACCCCGUGAGCGGCUUCUGCCGCUGCGCCGCAGGCUGGACAGGUGUGCACUGCGACAGUGUGUGUGAGGAGGGACGCUGGGGACCCAACUGCUCCUCCAGCUGCACCUGUGAGAACGGAGGCUCCUGCUCCCCGGAGGACGGAGCCUGUGUGUGCGCGCCCGGCUACCGCGGCACCAACUGUAGACGAGCGUGCCCUCCUGGGUCCUAUGGCCCCCGCUGCAGUCAGUCCUGCCCCCCGUGCGUCCACAGUGAGGGGGCGUGUCAACACGUCAGCGGCCUCUGUGAAUGUCUCUCUGGCUUCUCCGGAUCGCUCUGCAAUCAAGUGUGUCCAGGUGGGCGGUUUGGUAGAGCGUGUGCAGAGCCGUGCUCGUGCACUAACAACAGCACGUGUAAUCCCAUCGACGGCUCCUGUCAGUGCUUCCCGGGAUGGAUCGGAGGGAACUGCUCCCAACCGUGUCCUCAGGGCUCUUGGGGUCCGGACUGCAUCCACACAUGUAACUGUCACAACGGAGCCCAGUGCAGCGCCACAGACGGAGAAUGCGACUGCAGCUCUGGAUGGACGGGACUCUUCUGCACUCAGCGAUGCCCUUCUGGUUUCUAUGGCGACCGCUGUGCUGAAGUGUGCCGCUGUCAGAACGGGGCGGACUGCGACCACAUGGGCGGGCUGUGCUCCUGCAGAACGGGCUUCAUCGGGCUCAGCUGUGAGCUCAAGUGCCCAGCGGGGUCGUUCGGUUACGGCUGCCAGCAGCUGUGUGAGUGCAUGAACAACGCCACCUGCGACUACGUGACGGGCACCUGCUACUGCAGCGCCGGCUUCAAGGGCAUCCGCUGUGACCAGGCGGCUCUGAUGAUGGAGGAACUGAACCCCUACACCAAGAUCAGCCCGGCCCUGGCCUCCGAGCGCCAGUCGGCCGGCGCCGUCCUGGGCAUCGUCUUCCUGCUGCUGCUCAUCACGGCCAUGCUCGGCCUGGCGGUCUGGUUCCGCUACCGGCAGAGAGAGAAAGGCCACCACGUGCCGAGCGUCACCUACACGCCGGCCCUGCACAUCAACUCCACCGACUACUCGCUCUCAGCAGGGCUGCAGUGCACAGGCCUGCUCUCCUCUCCAGAGUCGUCUCCCAGCAGCGGCUCCGUCGGCCGCUGCUUCUCCAACCCCAGCUAUCGAACCCUCGGGCCCUGCAGCUACGCCGCCCACUACGCCAAGCCGGACAAGAGGGGCGUCGCCAAGAAGAAGAAGGAGCGCCACAGGAACAGCGCUCCGGAGUGGGGCGCCUACUGCAACCUCAGCGGCGUUUACUGCAUCGACCGGCGCUUCAGCUACAACGUGGAGCCGCGCUUCAGAGACUUCAUGAAGGGCUCGCUGUCCAGCACCUGCUCCCUGAACAGUGAGAACCCGUACGCCACCAUCAACGACGCGCACGGCGCCGCCAAACACUCCGAGAGCAGCUACGUGGAGAUGAAGUCUCCGGCUCACCGCGAUCACAUGACCCGCUGCUGCUCCGCCGCCAUCGUGGCCGCCAACGCCACCAACGCCACCAACGCCAACGCCACCAACGCCAACGCCACCAAGAACGUCUACGACAUGGAACCGACCGUCAGCAUCCUGCUGGGCCCCGGCGGCUGCCUGCAGGGCCCCGGGUACCCUCAGAACCCGUACGACCUGCCCAGGAACAGCCACAUCCCGAGCCACUACGACCUGCUGCCGAUGCGCCCGAGCCCGUCCCACAGCCACAGCCUGGUCCUGCAGGGCCACGGCCCCCCGGCGGCCGGCAGCCCCACCAGCUCGCUGCUCUAGACCGCCCCGCCUCCCCAGACUGGACCGGUGCUCCCAGAUCGUCCAGAACCAGGGGAACUGGUGUGUGAGAGCGUCUUCUUCUCGACGCCUCGUGUUCGUGUCGUGUUGUGAAUUCCUGCUGAAACGAUGGAAAUAUGAACGCCAUGAACACAAAGAGGACCUUUUGUUUUGUUUUCUGGUCGAGGACAGAGGAGCAGAGGGACUGCUCAUGUGAAGGUUUCUGAGGGGGUUCUGGAGCCAAAGACCAGACCCAGGCCCACUUUGGAUCCACCAAACCUGGACCCUGAAGCAUUACGUCUCCAUUCUGGGGAAAUAUGAAUCUAUAUUCUCCCUUCAGACGUGCUCAGAGCUGCACUUCCUGUACGAUUCUGGUAUUUUUACAUUUCUUAUUUCCUGUUUACAUAUUCAUGGGUCCUGACGGGGGUCCAUAUUUUCUCCCUGAAGUUAUGUUUUUCUAUGUGACCGUAGACCGGGCGCCGUACCGUGCUCCGGUAUUUAGUGUUGUGAUUUCGUUGAGUCGAGCUUUAAUACACGUGCAUGCCAAAGAUUAUUCAAGAUAUCAUAUUUAGCCAGAAAUACCCUCAUCGAGUCCUUUUGGCUCCGGUCUGAAACACGACCGGAAUCAUCUCUGAUUAUUGUUCUUGGUUCCAAUCCAUCGACUCGUCGUUUGGGCUUUUUAAAAACUAUUAAUUGACUCAAUCGUUCCAGCUGUGAUGACAUCACGCGACGGCGUCUUCUUGGAUAGUUAUAUUAAUAUUUAUUUAUAUUGUCAUCGUCUCCAGACAAACACGAAACACGUUCAAUAUUAGUCGACAUGAAAGAACUAUUAAAACAAAAAUGUUCUCUCCGAUAAAUCAGAUGUGACGCGGUGGCCAAACGGUGUAAUUACAACUUCCUGGUCCGUCUCGCCAUUGACUUACAUUGAGAAAGAGACGUGUGCAAAAAAGGUGUGAACACUUAAAUAGCCCUUAUUUAAACGAUUAGGUCCUAAAAGUUGUUGUAGAGUUAUUUAAUUUUCUCUGUUAUGAGAAAUAGAAGCUUGGAGGCGGGGCUAAAGAAAACCUCUUCUUCUUCUUCUUCUUUUUCUUUCUUGCUGAACAGUCGAAUGGAAACAUGUUUAAUGAAUUGAUGUCGUGACAGAAACAAACAUAAUGAAAACGUGUUUCCAGACGUUUCUCACGUCUGAAACGGAUCACACGUGUUGACGUGUUGACUAUAACGUGUUGACAACAACGUGUUGACAACAACGUGUUGACGUGUUGACUAUAACGUGUUGACAACAACGUGUUGACAACAACGUGUUGACAACAACGUGUUGACUAUAACGUGUUGACUAUAACGUGUUGACUAUAACGUGUUGACAACAACGUGUUGACUAUAACGUGUUGACAACAACGUGUUGACAACAACGUGUUGACUAUAACGUGUUGACUAUAACGUGUUGACUAUAACGUGUUGACAACAACGUGUUGACAACAACGUGUUGACAACAACGUGUUGACUAUAACGUGUUGACUAUAACGUGUUGACUAUAACGUGUUGACAACAACGUGUUGACUAUAACGUGUUGACAACAACGUGUUGACUAUAACGUGUUGACAACAACGUGUUGACUAUAACGUGUUGACAACAACGUGUUGACUAUAACGUGUUGACUAUAACGUGUUGACGUGUUGACUAACGUGUUGACAACAGCGUGUUGACGUGUUGACUAUAACGUGUUGAUAACAACGUGUUGACGUGUUGACUAUAACGUGUUGACGUGUUGACAAUCGGACGAGUCUGCUUCCCGACCUUUGUUCCAUUGGCUGGUGUCUUUCCUCCGGCUUCGAUCCCACGUUUCAGCUUCAGUAGAUGUAUCCAGUGCUUUUUGUUUUUCUGCCCUAAACUCAAUAAAGUUGUUGUAGCUCGGG